GCAAGAGAGGUGUUCAAGUGGAGUAGAGAGUCCAGAAAUGUAUCUCAGUUUGAUAUCACGAAAAAUGGUGAACCGGCACGGCACGGAUGGAAUUAUAGAUGGAUAGUUGGUUAUGACCAUGAUGCUGAAAAUUUCUCUGUUCGUCAUUAUAGCUCUCAUUUCAAUGACAAGUGCUCAGAGGAAUUAACAGAUAAGGUUCUUAGAAAUAUUCCAGAAUUUGUAAAGAUAGUUGAAGUUGGACCGCGAGAUGGAUUGCAGAAUGAGAAAAACAUUGUCCCUACCUCUGUAAAGGUUGAAUUGAUUAAAAUGCUAGUCUCUUCGGGGUUACAAGUUAUAGAAGCUACAAGUUUUGUCUCACCAAAAUGUGUUUAACAGAUGCUAAGGAUGUAAUGGAAGCAAUUCAAGAUGUUGAAGGAGCUAGUUUCCCUGUGUUAACUCCUAAUCUUAAAGGUUUUGAGGCAGCUGUUGCUGCUGGUGCUAAGGAAGUUGCCAUCUUUCCUGCGGCCUCUGAGUCCUUUUCAAAAAGAAAUCUCAACUGUAGCAUUGAGGAUAGUUUAAUUCGGUGUCGUGAUGUUGCCCGUGCUGCUAAAAAGCUUUCAAUCCUGUUCGUGGGUACUGUUAUUCCAAUGCUUAAGGCUGUUAUUAACGUCGUGCCUUUUGACAUGAUAGCUGUCCAUUUUCAUGAUAUAUAUGGACAGGCUCUUUCAAAUACACUGGUCUCCCUCCAGGCAGGGAUCAGCACUGUGGACUCAUCAGUCUCCGGUCUUGGGGGCUGCCCAUAUGCCAAAGGAGCUACUGGCAAUGUCGCGACUGAGGAUGUUGUGUACAUGCUUAAUGGACUUGGAGUGAGGACCAAUGUGGAUCUCGAAAAGCUCAUCAUGGCUGGGGAAUUCAUUUCGAAUCACUUGGGACGCUCAUCUGGUUCAAAGGCAGCAACUGCCUUGAGAAAAGUUCCUUCUUGUUCCUCCAAGCUAUGAGGUAAUGGGACUUUUGUUAGCUCCUUCCAUUCUGUAAACUUAUGCAUGGACAUCCACAUGCAUUGACAGUAUUGUUCCAAACUGAACAGAUAAAAACAGAAUGAAAAUAAAAACUUCAGCUUUAGAGCCCCCUCACUCCUUAAGAUAAAGACAGAGAACGUUGUACGUAAUUGAAUUAGAAAUAUAUCAUAUAGGAUAGAUUACUGUGUUGAGCUAUUA